AUGACGUCUUUACUGAACGGCUUUAAAAAACCCUGCAAUGCCAAAAUUUCUUGGCUUUCUGCAAUAAUUAUAUUUUUCGGAGAAAAGAAUAUUUUUAGCAGUUUAGGUCCAUUCGCACGGUCAGAUGUUCUUUUGAGGUAAGUUUUUAGUCGAUUUUUGUGAUGUUUCCUACUUUUCUUUGCAUUAUACUUCCUUCCGAAUAUAUUCCACGAGAUUUGAAGCGGAAAUCCUGUGCGAAAAAUGUCGAAACACGGUUCAAGAGGUUUUGCAGCCAGUUUUAUGUCUUUCGUGUUGUAAAGAGUUUGCCGUUGUAGGUUGGGGAGAUGUUAUCAUUUUAUUUUAUUAUUUAUUAUUUUGUCCAUUAAAAAAAAUCCCAUUUUUUUAUUAUUUUACCCAUAAAUUAGACAUUAAUUUACUUUUGGCCUUUAUGUUUCUCGUCAACCAUGAGAAUGACCCCUAUUUUCCGUAACGUAGUUGCAGAUUUCAGAACAAGUUUUCUUAUAUGGCAAUCCCCUAAGGUUAGAUCUGACCUUUAGUCGAUAAAAAUGCUAAAAUUUUGCAAAGUACUACUAUGGCUUAUGGUAAUUACAACAUGUUGUUUUGCCGACUCUAUCCGUUCGAUUUCUAAAUGCGCUUGUUGGUGAGAUUUGAAAUAAUUUUGAUUGAUAGGUGAUCACGUGCGGGGAAUCCCCCGACGCCAUGUAAUUUAUUAUAUUUAAGGUAUCGCGGGAGCGUUAAUUGGUCAUUUGAGCUCUAUUAUGAAAUAAAUCACUAGAAUUUGAGUGAUUUUUCAGCCAUGCAUUAAAAAAUUAUCUUGUAGUAGGCAUAGAUUGUGAUUUUUAUUUAAACUUUAAAACAAUAUUAGAUUGCAGGCAACCCCGAGUUUUUAUCAAGUCUCUUCGAAAAGACUUUGAACUUUUCUGUUCCUUUGACAAUUAAUUUUCCGUUUGCACCAAAAAGACGUUAGGAAAUGGAAGGGUCUCCAAAAUUUGUCGAUGACAUCCUUGUUUUAAUUCCUUCUCCCUGCUCCUUGUGAACUUUUAAUUGCAGACGUUCCACUGCUCCUUCACGCUUUCUGUUUUUAACAUACAUAAAUAGUUAUUGUACUUAGCGAACAGUGGACUUAAAAUUUUGAGAAAUCAACGGAAAAGGAAGGAAAAAAACUGUGUUUUCUUAUCAAAACUGUUUUUGCAAAUUCCCAAAUUAUCAAUUGAAGCGAAGAGUAAGGCUUGGCGAAAAUAUUUACGUUGAACAUGUGCUGUUCUUUGUGAAAAGCUGCAUGUUUUAUCACAAAUCAGCAGGUGCAUAGUGUAGAUGAUAAGAUUGACUGUUAUGGGUGCUGAUGGAGACGCAUUGAGGUGAGGUACAGACCAAAAGAUAGGUGAUAUUCUCUAUUUUGAUUGAUUCUCUGGCGAAAAAUUUGAAGUACGUGAUUUUUUGAUUUGACUUUUAUCUUGGGUCAUGAUGAAUAUAAAAAAAUUUUGGAAAGAAGAAAAACAAAUUUUCAUUUAGAAAGUUCAUUAUUCACAACUGUAAUAGAGAUAACAACGUUUUAUUAUGCAUUUAUUACACUUGAUUACAAUUGCUUUUCCAUCUGAUACCUUUAAUAUUAUACAUGACAACUAAGACUUGCAAAAAAACUUGAUUUUACCAAAAUUUUUGUCUCAAAACGCCUUGCUGUUUGUAUGAUCCAUCCUUCAGAAUCAUCUCCCUACUGUGGUUGUUUAAACCCCAUUGAUUGUAGGUCGUUUUCCCAUCUUCUCACCCGAAAACUUUGAAAAGGAGGAGCCAAUCUGUCCUUGAAAUUUCUGGGUUCUUAUGCGAUGUCUAGCUCGAUUUACCAAGUUCCUUUAGAUCUUAUCUUUGACCGCGGUGACCAUUGUCUGGUCAUUUUAUUUCUUAUUUGUCCCAAAAACGUUGGAUUUGUCUAGUCCAAUGUGAUUUUUAUACAGUUUCCAUCCGAUGCCGUAAUCUUAUCAUCAAGACAUGAUUUAUAGUUGUUGUUGUGGCAUAACCCCGCCUCAGAACCCUUACCGAGCAUCUGACUUCCUUCCCUAAUGGGCAUUAACUCUGUUUUUGUUAUCUCUGACCCUCUGCUUUUGACCUGAUCUCUCAAAAUGAUAUCGUUAUGUAAGAAUGGACGCCCCUAAAUACACAAGAGAUCCGCGCGUGCACUUAGAUAGGCAUUGUGAUCAAUUCGAAUAUAGAAAGGAGUUGUCGAAGAUUUCGUCCGAGAUAUUGCACAAGACUGAUAUUAUUGUAUUUAUUAUUGUCCUAAAGAAAUUUAAAGUGCUUUUUGGCGGGGCUCGUUGUAAAUAGAAGCCAUGAAGGAACUGUUCAGCAGGUACUGAGCUUUUAUAGAGAGUUUUCGCAAAUUUUUGUAUAUGAAAUGUGUUAUGUAUUCGAAUGUUAUGGUGAACAUGAUUACUGGGUCUUUUAAUUGCAGUCCACUCCCCAUCGCCACCAUUGAAACGUUGGACACGUCGCCGAAGGGCUCUUCCACCACUUCGUCCACCGACUUUGAGCUGGUCGAGCGAUUCUGGUCUCCGCACACACACAGUCCUGACACUUUCCUCCAUUCCCCUUACCAUCAAGCUCGAAUGCCCAACAUCAAGGUUUUCUCGGGGUCCUCCCAUCGAGAUUUGGCCGUCCGGAUUUGCGAUCGGCUCCAGUUAGACCUUUCGAAGGCUUCGUCAAAGAAAUUUAGUAAUAAAGUGAGUGAAGAAGUGAUUAGAAUAAUAAUUUUUGAAUCCAAUCUGUGAUUUUUCUUUGAUUACUUUGCUGAUUUUAGGAGACAAAUGUUGAGAUUGGCGAAUCAGUCCGUGGAGAAGAUGUCUUCAUCGUUCAAAGUGGAUGUGGAGAGGUGAAUGACCAACUUAUUGAGCUCCUCAUCAUGAUCAAUGCCUGCAAAAUCGCAUCAUGCUCCAGAGUUGCAGCUGUCAUCCCCUGCUUCCCUUAUGCCCGACAAGAUAAAAAGGAUAAAUCAAGGGCUCCAAUCAGCGCAAAGUUGGUGGCUAAUAUGUUGUCAGUCGCCGGAGCCGACCAUAUCAUCACCAUGGACCUACAUGCGUCACAAAUCCAGGGAUUCUUCGAUAUACCGGUCGAUAAUUUGUAUGCCGAACCUGCGAUCCUGAAGUAUAUCCGAGAGUCAAUCACCGAUUGGCAGGAUUCAGUGAUUGUGAGUCCGGAUGCAGGCGGAGCGAAGAGAGUGACCGCCAUUGCGGAUCGAUUGAAUGUGGACUUUGCGUUGAUCCACAAAGAACGGAAAAGAGCCAACGAAGUGGAAAAGAUGACAUUGGUGGGGGAUGUGAAGGACAAAUGCGCAAUUUUGGUGGACGAUAUGGCCGACACUUGCGGAACAAUCUGUCUGGCAGCUGAUAAGUAAGUAAAAACGAUGUUAAGGCUAUUUCGAGAGAACAAAUUGGAUAUUGAAGUAGAGGGUUUAGCUUGAGAGUUGACGAAAUUUUAUACCAACGUUUGUUUUUAGGCUGGUUGAAGCAGGGGCCGCCAAAGUCUACGCGUUUUGCGUCCACGGAGUCUUCUCCGGCCCAGCGUUGGAUCGAAUCAAUCACAGCUCAUUCGAAGCCAUUGUUGUCACCAAUACGAUCCCUCAAGAAGAGAACAUGAGAAGAUGCCCCAAGAUCCAAUGCAUUGACAUCUCCAUGAUCCUAGCCGAAGCCAUUCGUCGAACCCACAACGGAGAAUCAGUCUCAUAUCUCUUCUCUCACGUCCCUCUAUAA